AUGACCAGCAGGCAACUCAGGGCAUUGGGGAAGGGAGUGGAGGGGACCCAGGGCAAGAGGAGCCAGAGGGACCAGGCUGGUGCUGGGUCCUUCUCUUGGGAGGGGGUGGGGUCUAGAGAAAGGUGGAGUAGAGGUAACCAGAAAAGCCAUAAGGAACAGAGGGAAAAUGGGGCCAGAGUGGGGGCCCACAGACGAGAGGUCAGGAGUGGUCAGCCUGGUCCUGGGCUGUUGACUGACUCAGGACCUGGGUCCCCACCCUCAGGGUUGGCUGGCGGCUCUGCGCAGUCCCAGAGGGCCCCUGAUAGGGUACUCUGCCACUCCGAACAGCAGCAAGGGCUGCCGAGAGCAGCAAGGGGCUCUGUCCCCGACCACCACUGCCACUGUGGAGCUGGGAGGGCUGACUGGCCAGAUCUCCCAGAGCUGGACGUGUGCGUGGAGGAGGCCGAGAGUGAGGCGCUGUGGACGUGGACUGGCCUCUGCAUCUUCGCCACACUCUUCCUGCUCAGUGUGAGCUACAGUGCUGCCAUCACACUCCUCAUGGUGCAGCGGUUCCUCUCAGCCACGCGGCAGGGGAGGCCCCAGACCUCCCUUGACUACACCAACAUCCUCCAGCCCCACGCCUAGGCCACGGGCCACUCGCGCUCCACCAGGCCUAGCUGCUUCUCUGCCGGCACCUGAGCCUCCCUCGGGCUGUGCCCUGCCCUGGGUGGGAAAAGGGAAGCAGACAAGAAAAGGGGGCGCAAGGUCACUACUGUGGGCUGAUGGCCAGUGAAUCUGAGCCCAGAGGGGCCCGCUCAGCCUGCAAGGUUAAAGGUGCCGACAGAACCACCAGUCGCAGCCCCCACCCCAAAACAGUGUCUGUCCCUUCAACGGAGUCAUCGAGAAGGGGGUGGCUGCUGGCCGUUCUGAGCUCAUCCCAGGCCCCUGGGUCUCAGGGUCACUCCCAUUCUGACUGUACAAUCACCAAAAGCCAAGGAGGGCCCAGCACCCAGCCCAGGACACAGCUGAGUCUGCGUCCAGCCCAACGCCAGCCCACGGCCUCACUCCCCAGCCUUGGUCUGACCCUUCUACCCCUGAGGUCCAAGUGCCUGGCAUCCCGUCCCCCAGGCCUCACCCACCCUCUUUCCCUUCACCCACCCCUCCAUCCAUCCGCAGCCCCCAUCCCUGCAGCGUGAAGGAACAGGGAAGCUCUCUGAGGCCAGGCCACAGGACUGCUGGGGACUUCGGGCCCCUGGAGUGGGUAGAGGGGCUCCCACAGCCAGAGGAGGGGUUUCCUGCAGGGACAGCAGCUGCUGACCUCAUCCCUGUGACCUCGUCCAGCCUCUGGCUUCAGCAGUCCUAUUUCCUUCCCUCUGGGU